AAUGUCAGCGCGUCUUAUGUAGCGAAUAUGGAGCGGCCAGUCCGGUAUUUCCACCGCCGCCGUCUCUGCAGCGGGACCUUACCUGUUCCUCUAUGCAGCACCGCGCUGUCUUCCCAGCUUCUGUACCGGGUGCCCAGUCGGCAGUCAUCUCCUGUACUGUCCUCAGUCUCUGGUCAUCUCCUGUGCUGUCCGCAGUCUCUGGUCAUCUCUUGUACUAUGUCCGCAGUCUCUGGUCAUCUCCUGUGCUGUCCGCAGUCUCUGGCCAUCUCUUGUACUGUGUCUGCAGUCUCUGGUCAUCUCCUGUACUAUGUCCGCAGUCUCUGGUCAUCUCCUGUACUGUGUCCGCAGUCUCUGUUCAUCUCCUGUACUGUGUCCACAGUCUCUGUUCAUCUCCUGUACUGUGUCCGCAGUCUCUGGUCAUCUCCUGUACUGUCUCCGCAGUCUCUGGUCAUCUCCUGUACUGUGUCCGCAGUCUCUGGUCAUCUCCUGUACUGUGUCCGCAGUCUCUGGUCAUCCCCUGUACUGUCUCCGCAGUCUCUGGUCAUCUCCUGUACUGUGUCCGCAGUCUCUGGUCAUCUCCUGUACUGUGUCUGCAGUCUCUGGUCAUCUUCUGUACUAUAUCUGCAG